AUGAGUGAAUUUGUUUAAAGCGUAUUUCUAUCGAGCUGUCCCACAGAUAACUCUGAUAUGCUAAAUAGAUUUAUAACAGGAUCAAAUAUGAAAUAAAAUUUUGCUAACUCUUAAUCUAAAUCCACAGUUAAUAUUGAUGAAUUGUAAAGAAAUAAUUUAGAAUUACAACAAAAGAUUACGUUGUUAGAAAGGGAAAGAUUAGAAAUGAUAGAUAGAGAAAAUAACUUAAAAAAAAUUAAUGAGUAAAUAAUGGAAGCGUUCAAUACAAUGGGGCCAGACACAUCUAACAAGAUGAACAAAGAAAUAUAAAUAUUAGAAGACAAACACUAAAAAGAAAUGCAAAGCACUAAAGAAAAGAUCGAGUUUUUGUAAGCAUAGCUUGAAUAAGAAAAAAAAUAAAAUUCAUACAAAGUGAGCUUGCUUGAGAAUGAAAACUAGGCUUAAAGAAUACAAGCAGAACAUUUAAAAAUAGAAAUAUAAAAAAAUUAACAUCUAAUUAAUUUACAAAAUAGCAAAUAUGAAACCCUAUUAAAAACAGCAGAAGCUGAAAAAAAGGCUCUAUAAGAUGAGAUUGAGAAUUAGUGGAAGAAAAAAGUAGAAUAGCUUGAAAUUCAACUUGAAAAAGAGAAGAUAGAUUCUAAUAACCAAAGAUAAAACAUGCUCAAAGAAAUGGAAGCAAAUUUAGAAAACUUAAAAAUAUGUCAUGAGCAUGAGAAACAUCUUCUUUGGACAAAAGUAAAUGCUUUGUCAAACGAAAAGAAUAUUGUUCAAGGGUCAUGUGAAUAAAAUCAGGAGUUAUACAAUGAACUUAAAAGAAGAAACAAGGAAGAUAGAGAUAAUUUCAUGAAGGAGAUAGAGGCACUUAAAAAUAAAAUUUUUUCGUUAGAAUAAGAAAAUUUAAAAAUAUAGCAUUACGAAAUGCUUUAACUCUAGCAUGAGAACCAACUCAAGCAAAAAGAACUUGUUUUCGAAGAAGAAAGAAAAAAAUACAUUUUCAAAAUUAAAGAAAUGACAGUGCAGAUAAAAAAGGCAGAAUAAGUUGAAAAAAAUCUGCAAACAUUGAUCAAAGAAAAGGAUUUCAUUAUAGAAGAUAACAAAAAGGAGCACUAAAAAAAGCUUUAUCUAGAAAAAAAGAAAUCUGAAAACUUAUAAGAAGCAGCAAAUAAAAUAAAAGAAGAUUAUACUAAAAAAAAUGCUUUUGUAAUACAGGAAAUUUUAACCAAAGAAGAGCAAAUUAAAAAGCUCAACAAAGAAAUAAUGAAAUAAGGUGUCUCUAUCAGUAAAAUCAAUUAAUCUAAAACUAACAUGACAACUUGGUUAGAUCCUACUCUUUAGUUAGAAACGGUUAGAUUAAAUAGUUGUUAAAACUAACAAAAUAUUACUUCUAUACUAAAUUAAGAAACAAUACCUGAUAUGAAUUUACUUUCUAACAAUGUUCCUCAAAUCACAAAUAGUAAUGCUUUUUUGUAAGAGUUCGCUUAAAGCUUUGGCUCUCCAAGAAAUUUGAUGGGUAAUUCACCUUAAUAAAUCGAUGAUAAGUACUUUAAGAUAAUUGAGCAGUAAAAACAAAAUUGGUAAUAAUCACUUUGCUAUAAUUAAAAUGGGUUAGGUUCUUCUUUAUCUGGAAGUAGAAUUGGAACAUAAAAUUUGUCUAAAUAAUAAAGUAGUCCAAUUUUAAAUGAUACUAUAGAGCCUAUCUUGGUAUCUUCAUAUUAACCUCUUAAUGCAAGAGAUUCCUCUAAACCUACUUUAGUUACUAAAGAAGACAAAAUCUAAGAGACUUAGAACGAAAGUGAAGACUAAUCAUUUAAUGAUGAAGACUGUUUUGAGGAAGGAAAAAUUAAAAUUUAAAAUAAUUAAUUAUAAUUAGCCUAAUCUAUAUUUAAUAGUAAGCACUCUUCUUUGGGUUAUAUUGGAUAAAAUGUUACUAACUCUAUGUUAAACUUAAAUAGCUUAUAAGCAUUAAAUACAGCACCAAAUACAUCUAGGCAAGGAUUGAGCUCAAAUGCAUAAACUUAUUCAAAUAGUAAUUUAGAUCUGAAGCAAAACUUUAAUUAAAACAAGACUCUAUCUUAAAAUGGUUCUAAAAGCAAAUUCACAACUGCAGUAAAUAACUCUUAAAGAUGUUAAACUGUUUCUACUGCAAAAAAGAAAUAAUAUAUUUAAUAGAAUCAAUAAGAAAAUGAUAAAACUGCUAAUACUUCUACUAACUAUAAAGAGAGGAAGUCUACGAAUUCUUCAAUAUAGUGCAAAACUCCUAAUUUAAGCACAACAAAGAAGGAUAUUUCUUAAAAAAGCUAUCAAAACAGCUAAUAAUAAUAACUCCUAUCUCCAAACAAUGCAAAUAGCAGCAAUAAUAAUGCAGGAUAAACAUUUAGUAGUUAUUUUGUAUAGCCUUUAUCUUAAAAUAUAUCUGAUUCCAAAGAUGUUUCAAAGAGAAAUUUCAGUUAUAGUACACACUCAUCUAAUAAUGUAAAUUCUUUAAACUAGAAUAGAGUGAAAAACUAGGCAUCCUUACACAGAAACAGUAAUAGUAAUUUAGAUUUUAAGAAAGAGCAGGCUUCUAAAGAUUCUUCAAAAUUGAAUCAAUUAUAGACAACUAAAACUGCAAAUAAACCUAAAUAUUCCUAAUCUAAUUAAAACUCUAUAUAAAAUUAAUAAAUAAUUGGGUAAGAAGAGCAAUAACUUAGAGCUAUUUAAAAUAGUUAAACUAAAUUACAAAUAUAAAAUUAUGGUUCUGGUUAUAUGUCAUAAGAUUAUAUUGAUAAAUAGCAUAAUAACUAAGGAUGUCAGAUUAAUAACUAGCAAAUGAAAGAAUAAUCAAAUUAAAUCAAAAGUACUUCUUCUGAAUCAGUCUUUAGCUAUUAAUACAACACAAACCCUACUUAAAUUAUAACUCAAUAAAAUUUUUAAUAAAAAAACUCUUAAUCAGAACAAAAAAUUCCUUUAAUGGAGAGUAAUAGGAAUAUAGAAGAAUCGAUAUUAAUUAGCUCAAAUAACUGUAACUCAAUUAAAGGCAACAAAAUUAACAUAAGAUCUAGUAAUAUGGUUAGAUAAGCCGAACUACUUUCUCAUAUAAACAGUUUACUUGACAUCCUUUUAAAAAAGUAAAAAGAAUAACCUACUUAGAUUUCACUCAACCCAUAAGAGCAUAAUUUCUUCUGUCAAUAAAUAUAAUCUUAAGCAGAAGAGUUCUAGACUGAAGAAAUUAGCCAUUUAAGAACUUCAGUUUAGGAAAAUAGUAUACAUAAAAUUUUAAUGUCUUUAGACAAAAUAAAAAACAGAUUAGUAAGCAGUUAAUCUUAUGGAUAAUAAAAUCAAACCAACUAUUAUCAAAAUUAUGGAUUUGAUUAUUCCAAAAGAUAAGAAGGAAGUGAUGUAUUUGAAAGAUUUUAUAAAAACGUUUAUAGCUAGAUGUCAAAUAAUCACUAACUUCUUACAGAAAAAAGCGAAACAUGUGUAUCUUAACAAACUCUUCCUAAUGAAUAAGACAUUCCUCUCAUAAAUCCUGUAAGAGCUUCUGAUGUAACAAAAACAAUAGUGUAGUAAUCUCUUAAUUUUGGUCAAAACUAAAGCACAUAAUCAAUGAAUCAAUAUAAUUCAUAAUCGUAACUAUCUAAUCAAAAUUACCAAAACACUAACAAUGGUCCUACAAUUAAAACUAUUCAACUUAAGUGA